CGGACGUCGGGUCGGUGUGAUCGAUGCUCCGCGGGUCCCUGGUGGGACGCCGGGGCGCUGGACGCUGGAAGUCACUCUCUGGCCUCCUUUCCUGACCUCGAGUACUUUAAAAAGCCACCUGAGAUAUGUCAUGAUCACUGGAUGUCUGGCACAUGGAAAAGACCUGGCAUCACGAUAGCUACUCUGAAAGCAAGAGCCUUUAACCACUGAGCCUGUCCCCAGCAGUGACAACUCCUCUGCACGCAACGCUCAUCUCAGGAAGUUACCUGGAAUAGGAGCACAAAGUGAUCCAGACUUCCCUGGAUUCUAAAUGUGCUUUCCCUCCUUUCAAGAUGCUUUGCCCUUCUGAUAAACUGACUGACAAUUCUUAAGGCUGUGACAGAAGGGAGAUUGGAGGGGAGGCCCAGCAUAUUGCCCUUGACAGAAGCACGUCGCUCACUGUCAUUUGAGAUGCUGAGAAACUUGUUGCGGAGAAGACUUUUCUCUUAUCCUGCCAAGUACUACUUCAUGGGUCUUGUUCUCUCUCUAAUUACUUUCUCUGUUUUAAGAAUUCAUCAGAAGCCUGACUUUGUUAGUGUCAGAAACUUGGAGCUUGUUGGAGAGAAUCCUAGUAGCAAUAUUAAUUGCACUAAAGUGUUACAGGGUGAUGGAGAUGAAAUCCACAAGGUGAAGCUUGAGAUACUAACAGUGAAAUUUCGAAAACGCCCUCGGUGGACACCAUAUGACUAUAUAAACAUGACCAGCGACUGCACCUCUUUCAUCAAGAUGCGCAAAUAUAUUACAGAACCCCUCAGUAGAGAAGAAGCGAACUUCCCAAUUGCAUAUUCCAUAGUGGUUCAUCACAAGAUUGAAAUGCUUGACAGGCUCCUAAGGGCCAUCUACAUGCCUCAGAAUUUCUACUGCAUCCACGUGGACAAGAAAUCAGAGGAGACCUUCUUAGCUGCGGUGAAGGGCAUUGCCUCCUGUUUCAGUAACGUCUUUGUGGCCAGCCAGUUGGAGAAUGUGGUUUAUGCAUCAUGGAGCCGAGUUCAGGCCGACCUCAACUGCAUGCAGGACCUCUACCGAAUGAGUGCGCGCUGGAGAUACUUGAUCAAUCUGUGUGGGAUGGAUUUUCCUAUUAAAACCAACCUCGAGAUUGUCAGGAAGCUCAAGUCACUCAUGGGAGAAAACAACCUAGAAACGGAGAAGAUGCCAUCCAAUAAAGAAGAAAGGUGGAAAAAGCAUUAUGCCAUUGUGAAUGGGAAGCUGACGAACAUGGGGACUGCCAAAGUGCGGCCCCCACUCCAAACCCCUCUGUUUUCAGGCAGUGCCUACUUUGUGGUCAGUAGAGAAUAUGUGGGCUAUGUGCUAGAGAAUGAAAACAUCCAGAGAUUUAUGGAAUGGGCGCAGGACACUUAUAGCCCAGAUGAGUACCUCUGGGCCACUAUCCAAAGGAUCCCUGAGGUCCCUGGCUCACUCUCCUUAAGCCACAAAUACGACUUGUCUGACAUGAAUGCUGUUGUGAGGUUUGUCAAGUGGCAGUACUUUGAAGGUGAUGUUUCUAAGGGAGCCCCCUACCCACCCUGCAGUGGGGUCCACGUGCGCUCCGUGUGCAUCUUUGGAGCUGGGGACUUGAGCUGGAUGCUGCGAAAACACCACUUUUUUGCCAAUAAGUUUGAUAUGGAUAUCGACCCCUUUGCCAUCCACUGUUUGGAUGAGCAUCUGCGGCAUAAAGCCCUGGAGACUUUGGAACACUGACUGCUGUGGGGAAUUUUAGGGAUAAAAAAGGUGUACAAAAUGUACCCCAUCUGCUGCUGUGUAUUGUAUAGAGCCCUCUUUGAGGUGAGACCCCUAAGUCUUCAGUGGGAGAAGCUGCACACGUUCCUCAGAGUGUAGUCGUUGGGUGAGGCUAACCGUGCAGUCAAUGUGAGGGGCAGUUAGGGGGGCUGGGAGGCCAGGGAGGGUGGCUGCCUUGCCAUGAGGACUGUAAGGGAGCUCAGGGACUUAAGAAAAUGACAAGAUUUGACUUGUGCCAAAAUUAUUUUGAAAUAUUUUAAAUACAAUUUUCUUGAUAUGAAUAAACUUGUAAGCAAAAAAUAAUCAUAAAGCUAAGAUUUAUCUCAUUGGCUGGAAUAAAAACUUGAUUUACUCUA